UUCCACUUCGUCCAAAUCGUCGUCACUUGCUUUUUUAACUUGCAUUGCUAAACACGGCCGAGGACGAGCUAAAUUAAUAAAUUGAGUGUAAUACAAAAUGGCAAGCCAAACGCAGGGAAUUCAGCAAUUGCUGGCCGCUGAAAAGAAGGCAGCUGAGAAGGUGGCAGAGGCCAGAAAACGCAAAGCAAGAAGAUUGAAGCAAGCCAAGGAUGAGGCCACCGAGGAGAUCGAGAAGUUCCGUCAGGAACGCGAACGCUCCUUCAAAGAGUUCGAGGCCAAGCACAUGGGCAGCCGCGAAGGUGUUGCAGCUAAGAUCGAUGCUGACACCCGCGUGAAGCUCGCUGAUAUGGAGGCUGCCAUUCGCACACGCAAGGAGCCCGUUAUUCAGGAGAUUUUACAGUUUGUGUAUAACAUUUCACCUGAGGUGCACAAGAACUACAACCGAAAGUAAAUUAUGCGUUAGGAUUAACAUCCGAAAUAUGCUCGUUUCUAUUGUAAAUUCGAUGUCUCCAAAGUUCAACUCUCCCCUAAUGCAUAAUUUUUAGCCCCUUUAAUAAUAGUGCAUAUACUAUAUUAAACACAGCUGUAUUAUUAUUCCAUAUAU